UCGACGGGGGUUACUGCAUUUGUAACUGGCUCGAAAUGGCUCGUCGCCAUCACCGAAAGGUCCGAAACGGCCGGUGCGUCAAAAAUAAGGGGAAUGGUUGGCGGUAGCAAGCGCCGCUCUUCCACGGCCGCUCCCCCGACGCCUUCCCGACCGGCCACGAAGAACCCUCCUUCGCCUCUUACGGCUGAGGAGCUGACCCCUUUCCUCGACAUCCUCUCCUCCGCGCUGUCGGGCUCCCUGCGCUUCCGCUCCUCCGCCGACCUCGCCCUCCUCCCUUCCCAGUAUCUCGAUCUCGACUCCUCCAUCGCCGCGGCCGCCGAAUCCCUCUCCGGACUCCUGUCCGUCCUCCCUCCCCAUUCUCUCUCGAUCGAUCUGCCUCCUCCUCCCUCCGCCCCUUGGUUCUCCCGCUUCCUGGCCUCCGCCGCCGUCGACGAUGUCCGAUGGGCCGAGUCCUUUCGCAUGUCGAAGCGAUCCUUCGGCGCUCUCCUUCAGUCUCUUUACCCCGCCCUCCAAUCGGACCUUUCCGUUCCCGCUGACGUCAAGCUCGGCGCCGCUCUCUUCCGCCUCGCCCACGCCGCUCCUUACCGCGCCGUCGCCCACCGAUUCGGCCUCCCUUCGCAGGAAGCCGCGUGCCGCUCUUUCUACGAGGUCUGCAAAGCCGCCGUCGACCGGCUCGGCCACCUCUUCGACUUCUCCUCCGACCUCGAACGCGUCGUCCGUGGGUUCGAUCGGCUGUUGCUGCCCAACUGCUGUGGCGUGCUCGGUUUCACCCGAUUCACCGUCGAAGGGACCGCACGAGGAGGAUCCAUCGUCGCGCAGGGUUUGGUGGAUUCUGAAGGGAGGUUUCUUGACAUCUCCGUCGGGUGGCACGGAUCGACGACACCUGCUGAGAUAGUCACCAAAUCGAAGCUCUCCAAAACUCAAGCUUUGCUGCUGGGAACUGCUUCGUCCACCAGGGAGCUUAACGGGGGCUCUUUGCCUAAGUAUUUGCUGGGUGGCUCCUGCUGCCCUCUUCUACACUGGUUGCUGACACCAUACAGAGAUGGCGAGUCGAGCUCGAACUCCUCCAAAGCUGCGACAUUCAACCAUUUCCACGCUUGCGCCAUGGAGCUGGUGAACAGGGCCUUCGCGCGACUUCGCAUGCAAUGGCGGCUUCUACCCGCAAGCUGGAAGGAGGAGUGCGUUCAGGCUCUGCCCUAUGUGGUGGUAACAAGCUGUUUGCUCCACAACUUCCUCAUCAAGUCUGGUGACUUCAUGGCGGAUGGAACUGACACUAGUGCGAUGCAGCAAGAGUUUCCAAAUUUCGAUGGGAAGGAUGAUGAGAAUGGACAAAGGAUCAGGGAGAUACUUGCCACUCAUUUAGCAAGUGGAAUUUAGCUCAAAAAAGCAGCAUCUGAGGAGUUUUUUCUGAAGAGACAAAGGAGAGAAGAGCAACAAAGAUCGUCGGUGCCAAAUUGUUCAACACUGUUCCUCAUGUUCUAACUCCAACUCCAGUGAUAAAACCAGAAAGCAGCCUUAAAAAUGGAUCUCUUUUCUAUCUUGAACGAAUCUGAUCAGUGACAAUUCUUGUGCAUUGUCUAGUUAAUAGCUUGGGAACUGAGUGUUCUAGCUAAUAACUCUAUAUUUCUUUGUUUGUUUGACCCUCGAGAAAUAUUUUUAUUGAUCCGUAGAAGCUGUUGUAGAAUGGGACCAGCUAUUGCACUCUUAACCUUGCACUCU